GUCAAAGAUUCGCAAUUUAUAUUUCCUCCCACUAUCUCCCGAUUCUCCUCCCAACAUCAAACAACACAUUCAAAUUUUACACAUCAUGGAAGCCGUUACUCAAAAGAUUCAGGAAGUCCUUGGUGGCUCAUCCACCACUGGCCAAUCCGUCCUCCUCCUUGGUUCGGGCUUCGUCGCCCGCCCCACCGCAGAGGUCCUCGGAAACUCUGGCGUAAAGGUCACAAUCGGAUGCAGGACACUCGAGAACGCACAGGCAUUGGGCAAGGGCAUCAAGAACACCAGCGCCAUCAGCAUCGACGUCAGCGAUGAGAAGGCUCUCGACGCUGAGGUUGAGAAGGUUGACCUCGUCAUCAGCUUGAUCCCCUACACCUACCACGCAACCGUUAUCAAGUCCGCCAUCCGCAAGAAGAAGCACGUCGUCACCACCUCCUACGUCUCCCCCGCCAUGGAGGAGCUCGACGCCGCCGCCAAAGAGGCCGGCAUCUCCGUCUUCAACGAGAUCGGUGUCGACCCAGGUGUCGACCAUCUCUCCGCGGUCCUCACCAUCGAUGAAGUUCACAAGGCCGGUGGCAAGGUCCUCUCCUUCCUCUCCUACUGCGGUGGUCUCCCCGCCCCCGAAGCCUCCGACAACCCUCUCGGCUACAAGUUCUCCUGGAGCUCGCGCGGCGUUCUCCUCGCCCUCCGCAACGCCGCCAAGUUCUGGAAGGACGGCAAGAUCGUCGAGGUCGAGGGCCCUGAGCUCAUGGCCGAAGCCAAACCCUACUUCAUCUACCCUGGCUUCGCCUUCGUCGCCUACCCCAAUCGCGACUCCACCCCCUACAACGAGCGCUACAACAUCCCCGAAGCCCAGACCAUCGUCCGCGGCACGCUCCGCUACCAAGGUUUCCCCGAAUACAUCAAAGCCCUCGUGGACAUCGGCUUCCUCUCCGACGCGGAGAACGCCGCGCUCAAGGAAAAGCGCACCUGGAAAUCCGCAACCGCAAAGAUCGUCGGCGCCGAAUCCGACAAGGCCUCUGACAUCGAAUGGGCCAUCUCCUCGCGCCACAAGUUCAAAGACAACGACGACAAGCAGCGCAUCCUCGACGGCUUCCGCUGGCUCGGCCUCUUCUCCGACGAGGAGAUCAUCCCCCGCGGCAACCCGCUCGACACCCUCUGCGCCACCCUCGAGAAGAAAAUGCAGUACGAGCCCCACGAGCGCGACAUGGUCAUGCUGCAGCACAAGUUCCUCAUCGAGACCAAGGACGGCAAGAAGGAGACCCGCACGUCCACGCUCGUCGAGUACGGCGACCCUAAGGGAUACUCCGCCAUGGCGAAGCUCGUUGGUGUGCCUUGCGCGCUCGCGGUCCAGGCUAUCCUCGAUGGCACGAUCACCCAGAAGGGUGUGUUUGCGCCUAUGACGCCUGAGAUUUGCAAGCCGUUGUUGGAUACGCUCGGCGAGAAGUAUGGUGUUUACUUCGUUGAUAAGACGAUCUCGUAGACAUCGAGUCUGCCCUUAAAAACAAAAUAGAAUGUCUGACGAACCUUGAAAUUGAGGAAAAAAGAGAAUGAUAUUUGAUGAACACAGCACCCCCCCUUACCCGAAGCUACCUAUCCACACAUUCAAUUAUGUAAGGGUAGCUUCUUUAUAGACGAACACAAAAAAGAAUAUGAUUACGAUGUUUUUGCCAUGAUUGUCCAAUAUUG